CCACCUGCUGCAGUCAUCUUGGGUUAGAUAGUCAUUGAGCUAACAUGUGAGCUGUUGUCUUUACAGGUAACGUUACACCUCUUAAUACGUUUCAGUUAGGCCUGAAUUAAAGACAAACGGUUAGAAUAUAUUAACGAACAUCAGUCUUUGACAGUUCCGGCUUUUGAAAACGGGCUAACGUUUGAAGGUAAUACAUUAGCAUGUCCUCUGUCAGCCCCUGUCAGAACUACAAGUCUCAGUAGACGUUUGCAGGGCAGCAGAUAACUCAACUUACAGCACGACAUGGCUGCGUGCAAAAGCUUGCUUCACUUUGUCAAGCACCGGAGCUUAUGGACGCACGUUCGGAGGAAUGUCACGACGUGGUCGCCUGUUGGAGCUGCUUUCAAUGCAAAACAUCACAAACGACUGAACGUGUUGGAGAAAAACGUGGGUUUGUUUGGGGUGCCAGAGCUCAGCUGUCCUGCAGGCUUCAAGGCUGCCACAGAAACCGCUCUGAAGAACACACAGCGUCUGGUGGACAGAGCCUGUUCCGGUCCUCCUGGAGUCCAGACCGUCGAGUCCUUCGACCAACUCUCUGAUACUUUGUGCAAAGUGGCCGAUCUGGCGGACUUUAUUAAAGUGGCCCAUCCAGAUCCGGUGUUUCGCGAGGCCGCAGAGAAGGCCUGCAUAGAGAUCGGCACAGUCGUGGAGAAGCUGAACACCAAUGUUGAUCUGUGCAAGAGCCUAAAAAUAUUGCUUGAGAACCCGGAGAUUGUGGCUCAGUUGGACCCUGAUACGAGACGAGUGGCGGAGCUGUUUCUGUUCGACUUUGAAAUCAGUGGAAUUCAUCUGGAUGACAAACUGAGGAAAGAGGCGGUCGCCCUCCACGUAAAGCUGUUGGAUCUGAACAACGAGUUUCUGGUCGGCUCUCACCAGCCGAACAGAAUCGCGAGGUCGGCCAUUCCCGAACAUCUGCACCUGCACUUUGCAGACGAAGGAAGCUUCAUUCAAGUUGGGGGAUUACACGCAGAUUCCCCCGAUGACUUGGUGCGAGAAAUCGCCUACAGGAUUUUCCUCUACCCGAAUGCCGAUCUGAUGGAGUGCCUGGAAGAGCUGCUGAAGUGCAGAUACAAACUGGCCACUCUGGUGGGCUACGAGUCGUACGGACACCGAGCCCUGAAGGGAACCAUGGCCAAGACGCCAGAGACGGUGAUGAGCUUCCUCCAGUUGUUAACAGACAAGCUGUCGGACAGAACGGCCAAAGACUUCACGAUGCUGAGGAACAUGAAGAAAAAACUCAACCCCCAAAAUUCUGAGCUCAUGCCGUGGGAUCAUCCGUACCUCAGUGGGGUCUUGCGUGCCGAAAGAAAGAUCCAGUACAGAGAUAAGAGGAACUUAGACAGACGGGACGAGGAACAAAAUGUGAGCGAGGCCCUGGGGACGUCAGUGCCUCCAAACGUUCUGCAGAGGUUCGUCGGAAACAGCCCUCCUUCUACGAGCUAUACGCCGGGGUACCCUCAUUCCGCCCGCCACGCCAGAUCCAUCCUCAUGGAGUACUUUGCCACCGACUACCGUGUGGUCAGGCGGUUUGCACGCCACUACGAAACCGGACAGCCUCUCCCGGAGACGAUGGUGGCUCGUCUGUGUGAGUCCAAGAAGGUGUGCGGCGCCGCGGACACACAGCUGCAGAUCUUCUACGCCGUCCUGGACCAGAUCUACCACAGCCAGCCCCAGAACCGCAGCACCACCGACGUCCUGAAGGAGAUGCAGCAGAAGUUCUACGGCUUGCCUUAUACGCCCAACACGGCGUGGCAGCUGAGAUUCAGCCACCUGAUUGGCUACGGGGCCAAGUACUACUCCUACCUCAUGUCCCGCGCCGUGGCCUCCAUGGUGUGGAAGCAGUGCUUCGUCCAGGACCCUUUAAACAGGGACAUGGGGGAGCGCUACCGCCGGCAGAUGCUGGCCCACGGAGGAGCCAAGGAGCCCAUGCUGAUGGUGGAAGGGAUGCUGCAGAGACGGCCCACCAUGGAGGACUUUGUGGAUGCGUUGGUGUCCGAGCUGAACCCCAACUUUGAAACCUUCAUCAUGGACUCCGAAAGCUGAAGAUCUCUCCGUCGCCAUGGAAACUGACGUGACCCUUUUUUUACAAGGCAUCUUUACUUUUGUCUGUAAAUAAACAUCGCCGGGCUCUUAAAGUCACAUUGACUUGUUUUGAUAAAGUUUGUUAAUUUUGCUGUUUUAAAUAAUGAUACAUUAAUGUUGUAAGAGUUUAAGUUGCUUCGUAAAUAAAAAGAGGAAUAUUAUGAACUGCA